UGUGUACGAACCCGCUAAAAUUUGGCGGAUUGGCAGCUGACCGAAUCGUUUGUUGUGGUUCUUCGAUCUGCGGAUUAAAAUUUCCGGUAUUUAUUCAGAAAACUUAGCAGUAUGGCGAGCCUACUGGAUCUAUGCGAGAAGUACUUCGGCGCUCGUAACUUUUACGACGUUUUAAAAAUACCGAAGACUGCAAACGACAAGCAAGUCAAGAAGGCUUAUCACAAGCUAUCGUUGCUCGUGCAUCCGGAUCGCGUCGAGGAAGAUAUCAAGGUUGAAGCGACGGAGAAAUUCAAAGUUCUCGGUAGGAUACACUCCAUCCUGAGUGACAAUGAUAAGCGCAAAAUUUACGACGAAUCCGGCCAGUAUGACGAGGAAAGCGAGGAGGUCAUAAUGCGCAAUUGGGCAGACUAUUGGAGGUCCUUGUUCAAGGAGAUUACUGUCGAAGAUAUCAAUAAUUAUGAGAAGACUUACAAGGGAUCAGAGACUGAAAUCAAAGAUCUUAAAAGGGCAUAUAUAGACAGUAAAGGAGAUAUGGAUUAUAUUUUGGAAGCUGUCCCAUUCACAAAUUGUGAUGAAGAACCCAGACUACAUGCCAUAAUUGAAGAUUUAAUAGAGAGAGGUGAAGUUCCAGAAUAUACAGCGUUUACUAAUGAAAAUCACAAGAAAAAACUGCGUAGGAAAAGAAAGUGGGCCAAGGAAGCGGCGGAAGCCGAGCGUUUGGAGAAGAUGUUGAAGAUCGAGAACGAGGAAAACGCAGCUGCGAAUGAUCUCGCGCUGGUGAUACAGAAUCGUAACAAGGCUCGCGCCGAUCAGUCGGACAGUUUCUUCGACUCUCUGAUCGACAAGUAUGCCAAGAAGACCGAAAAACCGAGCAAGAAGAAAGCUUCGCCCUCGAAGACUCCGAGGAAAACCAAGCAAAAGACGUAGAGAUGAACAGCGAUGUAUCGAGACCGCUGCGCGUCCGCUCCGCGUCUUCGAAAGUCUCAGCCUCCUCUCCGCAGUUAACAUUGAAUCGCAAAGCACGGACUCGCUGUAGACAUAAUGUGGACGGUUGUGCUUAGUUUUUGUAUAAGUUUUAAACGUUGACCGAGGCAAACGGACUAACCCGCAUGGUCCAAUAUAAAUGUCGUCAAUUAAUCGCGCGUAAUGCAAAUUAAACUGCUGUAUUGAAUUAAACAUUUUCUCAUGAUGAGUAUGCACGAAGGCGUAGAAUUAUUGUACACUUUAUAUAAGAACAAAUACCAUAUUUGAGUUUUAUAAUAUAAUAAUACCCUCGAAAAAAAAAACCAAGGUGCUUCUGUAAUUAUUUUCCGUCUAUUGUAAGUUAUGUGGAAUAGAAAUAGAGAAUUUUUUUUAA